AUGAUGGAUAUGAAAAAAGAAAAAGACCUUGAGGGUCUCACUCCAUCUGAGAACAGUGAUCUCAGCCGUCACGUUCAAAACCACGAUGAUGUGUUUGGAGAAAUUACAGACUCCGGUCCCAACUACCGAAAUGUAGGAUGGGCAGGAACAGUGAUUCUCAUGAUGAAGAGUCAAAUCGGCCUUGGUGUCCUCUCCAUCCCAGCUGCUUUUGAUACGUUAGGGCUCGUCCCAGGCAUCAUCUGCCUACUUAUAGUUGCAAUCAUUACAACAUGGUCUGACUACAUGGUCGGUGUGUUCAAGCUCAACCAUCGUUCAGUCUAUGGUAUCGACGAUGCGGGUUUCUUGAUGUUUGGUGCGAUCGGUCGUGAGGUUUUCGGCUUUGUAUUCUGCCUCUAUUGGAUUUUCGUCGCCGGCUCAGGAAUGCUUGGUCUUUCCAUCGCCCUCAACUCCGUCUCAACUCAUGCUACAUGCACAGCUGUCUAUGUAGCCGUUGCAGCCGUCGGAGGAAUUGCCUUUGCCAGUAUUCGCACUCUUGGAAAAAUCAGUUGGCUCGCGUGGGUUGGACUAAUUUGCAUUCUGAUUGCAAUCUUCAUUGUCACUAUCGCUGUCGGCGUUCAGGAUCGCCCAGUCUUGGCUCCACAAGAGGGAGUCUGGGUAUCUGAUUACAAGAUCAUUGCCCAUCCCAAAUUCAGUGAAGCCAUCUCUGCCGUGGCCUCGAUGGUCUUCGCUUACGCCGGUACACCCGCAUUCUUCUCCAUCGUAUCGGAGAUGCGCGAACCCAGAUACUAUACCCGCUCGUUGAUCAUCUGCCAAGGCAGCGUGACUGCUGUCUACAUUACCAUUGGUGUUGUGGUCUACUAUUUCUGCGGUUCUUACGUUGCCUCGCCUGCUCUUGGUUCUGCUGGUGCCACUAUGAAGAAGAUUAGUUAUGGUUUUGCCAUUCCCGGUCUUCUGGUCACUGUGAUGCUGUUCGUCCAUCUACCCGCAAAGUUCAUUUUCGUUCGCGCCCUCAGAGGCUCCAAGCACCUCACUUCCAACAGCAUGGUGCACUGGGGAUCCUGGAUUGGCUGCACCGCAGGUGUCGGUCUGAUCUCUUACAUUAUCGCAAGCGCCAUUCCCGUCUUCGACAGUCUCGUCUCGCUUAUCGGUGCUUUGCUUGGCACAUUCAUGUGUUUCCAGCCCAUGGGCUGCAUGUGGUUGUAUGAUAACUGGAGCAAGGGCAAGGUCGACCGUUCCCCGAGAUGGAUGGCCAUGGUUUGCUGGAGUGUAUUCGUUGUUGUUAUAGGUACUUUCAUGAUGAUCGCUGGUACAUACGGGUCUGUUGUCAGCAUUAUGGACAGUUACGCGGCAAACGGUGGUUCGGCUGCUUGGUCCUGCGCGGACAAUUCAAAUUCUUCAUAG